GCACUACGUCUCACACCACGCCAAGCUUACACUACAGAGAGGAGGCAAUGAGCAACGGGGUGUGGUUUCCUACACUAGGGCUGCUGACUUGGCUAUGCUGCUUCAGCUUGGAGCCUGUUCAAGGGGGGAAGGUGCUGGUUAUGCCUGUGGAUGGAAGUCACUGGCUUAGCAUGAAGAUCCUGGUGAAGGAACUCAGCCACAGGGGCCAUGAAGUUCUAGUGCUGGUGCCAGAAACCAGCAUGUUGAUCCACAGCUCAGAGAGCUUCAAGACAGAGAUCUACAAAGUGCCUUACACCCAAUCGGAACUGGAUGAUAAUUUCAGCAGCCUCCGGGAUGGAGUGUUCCUCAAGCCACCAGAAUUUGCAGAUUUGCUCAUGAAUGUGAAACUCUUGAUCAGCUUUACUUCACUCCAGGUGAAAGGCUGUGAGAGUUUGCUGGACAAUAAGUCUUUGAUGAGUCGACUGAAAGAACAGGGGUAUGACCUCGUGCUUACAGACCCCUUCCUUCCUUGCGGAUCUGUCCUGGCUCAUACCUUUUCCAUUCCAGCUGUGUAUUUCCUUCGUGGGCUUCCAUGUGAGCUGGAUAUAAAGGCUAACCAGUCCCCUUCUCCUCCUUCCUAUGUUCCAGUGUUUUUCUCUGGCAAUACAGACUCUAUGACUUUCCCACAGAGAGUGAAAAACUUUCUAAUGUCUGGUGUGCAGUCCUUCCUAUGCAAAAUUAUCUAUGCCCACUUUGAUGACCUGGUCAGCCGGUAUGUUGGAGAGAUCUCAACUUAUGAAGAACUGAUCAGCCAUGGGGCUAUCUGGCUUCUUAGAUAUGACUUUACCUUUGAAUGGCCCAGACCUCUCAUGCCAAACAUGGUGUUAAUUGGAGGGAUCAACUGUGCAAAGAAGGCUCCCCUACCUGCGGACUUGGAAGAGUUUGUGAAUGGCUCUGGAGACGAUGGCUUCAUUGUGUUUAGCAUGGGUUCAUUGGUGUCCACCAUGCCUGCCAAGAAAGCUGAACACUUCUUAGAUGCUUUUCGACAAAUACCCCAAAGGGUUGUGUGGAGAUACACUGGUGAACUACCUGCCGAUUUACCCAAGAAUGUCAGAGUUAUUAAGUGGUUACCUCAGAAUGAUCUCCUAGCCCAUCCCAAAGCUAAAGUCUUCAUUACUCAUGGAGGCUCCCAUGGUAUCUACGAAGGUAUCUGUAAUAGUGUGCCCAUGUUGAUGUUUCCACUUUUUGGCGACCAGGGAGACAAUGUGCAUCGCUUGGUGGCCCGCGGUGCUGCGGAGAAACUCAGUAUUUAUGACACGACAACUGGAGAGCUACUGAGUGCACUAAAGAAACUUAUCAAUGACAAAAGGUACAAAGAAAAGAUGGUGGAGCUUUCCCAGAUACACCUAGACCGUCCCACUGAUCCAGUGGAUCUGGCAGUUUUUUGGACCGAGUUUGUCAUGAGACACAAAGGAGCAUCGCAUCUAAGAGUGGCUGCUCAUGAUUUGAACUGGAUUCAGUACCAUAGCCUGGAUGUGCUGUUGUUUUUUGCUGUUAUUCUCAUAACAGUUUUGUGGAUGACACUGAAAUGCGUCCGUUUUGGCAUCCGCAAGUGUUGCAGAAAAGGAACUGCAAAAAGAAAAUCUGAAUAGCCUUUAUAUUUAUAACAUUCAUUAGGUUUUACAAAUUCAAUAGCAAAGCUAAUGGUUGAAACAAUGCACUGAAUUUUCAGUUGGAUGGAUUGUAUGUGUGUUUUGUGUGUGUAAUGUAAAAUCUCAGCCAAAGAGCUAUUACUGCAUUGAGUUUAAGAAGUGAAAUAUGAUGCUGGCCAGCUCUCCUUGACAAAAUUCAAAGCAAAUAAAUUGUUUGUGGAUUUAGUUAAAGGUUUGUCAUUCA